AUGAAAACACUUUACAUUCGAUCCCCUACAGCAACUCCUCCUUCACCAACAUCAUCGCCUCAUGAACAAACGGAUUCAAUGAAACAAUUCUAUGAUGAAGAUGAACAAAUGGAAAUGGUUGAAACAUAUUAUCAAAAUGCAAGUGUUCAAUACAAGAUUUAUUCGUAUAGUGUUGGAAUUGUAUCAGGCUUGUGUUCAUUGUUAUUCUUGUAUUUUGCUGUGAUUGGGGAAGACUUUGGUGAAUCAAUUGGAAUGGAAAGAAUUAGACUUGUUCAUACAUUAUCUUCAAUUGGUUUAUUAACUUUGUCUAUACGUUGUUUUUAUAGAUAUACUAUUUGGAAACAAUCAACUAUUAAUUACUUAUUAAUGAAUAAUAGUACUAGUAAUUUUACUUAUAACAUCAAUAAUAUCAAUAAUAAUAAUAAUAAUAAUAUGGAUAAUAAUGAAUUAAUUUUAAAUAAUUCUAAUUUAUCAUUAAAAUCUGGUGAAGAGGGAUAUAAUUCAUUUACGAAUAAUAAUUUAAAUAAUAGGUCUAAUACAUCAGCAUAUUUUGCAACUCCUAGUACAAUAUUAACAGAUCAUCCAAUGGACGAUGGUGAAUCAUCAAACUCUUUAUCUCAUCAUUCGGUUAUUUCAACACCUUCACAAGUUAUUGAAAAUUCCAACAAUGUUCAAGUAAUUGGAAAUUUAAAGAUUCCACAAAUAUUAUUCAUUUGCCUAUUCAUUUCAAUUUUAGUUGCUGCAUUUGAAUUAUUAUUAUGGACACCUUCAAUGAUUGAACAUUAUCAUUUGUUGACUCAAGUUGGAGCUCCACUCGGAAGAGAACAUUUCAAAUUGGCAAUUCUUGUAUUUCCAUUCGUAUUACCAAUCAUGAUUGUUGCAAGUGAGUAUGGUCACUUCUUGUUGAAUCAAAAUUUUGUUGAUAUCAUUGAUUUGAACAACCAUCGUUACAAAUUCAAAAAAUUAUAA